AUGUAUGGUGACGAUGCCUUCAAGCUUGUCCAACAUGCCAAAAGAACACAGGCCUUAGUUCAUCUACCACACUAUCAGACCGAGCUCGUCCGAGAAACGACACGCGAAGUACGUGACCUCGACAAAGACGUUUCCAACAUCCUGGCUCCCUUCGAAGGCUCCUUCAACCCCUCCUCUGAACCAGCCACCGCAUGUUCUGUCCUGGUCAAUCAUCUUUGCAUGCGCCGUAACAAGCGGUGUCUCCUUGCCUACCAUCGAGUCCGAUCUGACAAGCUCGAGGAGAUGUGCUGGAGUGGUAAGGAUAUUCUGGAUCAAGAGCAACAGGCUGGCCGGCAGGGCAAUGGAGAAGGGUCAGGCAUGGCUUCAGAGGCAGGGAAUCAGAGCUCGCUGAGUCCGGAGGAGGAGGAGUACAUUCGCCAAUAUGGGGACAUGCUGGCAGCAUACAAAGGGCAAUGGACGGAUAUUGAUUUGACGGGGAGCUUGGAACCCCCACGAGAUCUGUUCAUUGAUGUGAGGGUAUUGAAGGAUGCUGGGGAAAUUCAGACUGAGUAUGGGGCUAUCACGUUGACGAAGAAUAGCCAGUUUUUUCGGCAAGCUCCUUCGACUUAUGUCAAAGUCAUUCCGUAG